UAAUUAAUAGUACAGUGAAACAUGGCAUAUAGCCUCUGCAAUUGGAGGGCUGCAAUCAAGAAUCAAGCUCCAAAUCAACACUUCUACUUCCGUGGAAAAGCUGAAAUUCUCUGCAAAAUGAUGCGAAGCUAUAAAUCCGCAUUGCUUCUCCGGCCCUUUUCGUCUCUCAAGAAUCCCAGUUACGGUUACAGACGCCUCACCUCUUCCUCCAGCAAUCCCCUUAGUGAUGAUUCUGAUAAUUUAGUAGUUGUUGAGGGCAAAGCUGGUUCAAGAACAGCAAUUCUAAACAGGAUUACUUCUCUCAAUGCUCUGAAUACAUCAAUGCUUGCCAGGCUUCUGAAGUUGUACAAAAAUUGGGAAGAUGAUCCUGAUAUUGGAUUUGUAAUGAUGAAGGGUGGAGGCAGGGCAUUCUCAGCUGGUGGUGAUGUUGUUUCCCUUUAUAAUCUGAUAAAAAAAGGUAGUUUAGGGAAUCUAGAAGAGUGCAGACAGUUCUUCCAGACGAUAUAUAGUUUUAUUUACUUGCUUGGUACUUAUUUGAAGCCAAAUGUGGCUCUGUUAAAUGGAUUUACUAUGGGUGGUGGGGCUGGAAUUUCAAUGCCUAGCACAUUCCGAGUUGCAACUGAUAAAACUAUUUUUGCCACGCCCGAGACAUUAAUUGGCUUUCAUCCGGACGCUGGGGCAUCCUUUUACCUAUCCCAUCUUCCUGGCCAUUUGGGGGAGUACCUGGCUCUGACGGGGGAGAAACUGAAUGGAGCAGAAAUGUUAUCCUGUGGGCUUGCUACUCAUUUUUCUCAAAUCACGAAACUUCCUUUGGUUGAAGAACAGCUUGGAAACUUGGUAACUGAUGAUCCCUCUGUCAUUGAAACUUCUUUAGGAAACCAUGGAGAUACUGUUCAUCCAGAGCAGUCUAGUGUUAUCCACAGGAUUGAUACGCUUGACAAAUGUUUCAGCCAAGAUACCGUUGAAGAAAUUAUCGAAUCUUUGGAAAAUGAGGCUGCUAAAACAAAUGAAGUGUGGUGCACGUCAGCUUUGAAGAAACUUAAAGAAGCUUCACCAUUGAGCUUGAAGGUUUCUUUAAAAUCUAUACGAGAAGGUAGGUUCCAAACUCUUGAUCAGUGCCUUAUUCGUGAGUAUAGAAUGUGCCUCCAAGGCAUAUCAGGGCAGAUAUCUGGUGACUUUUGUGAGGGUGUUAGGGCGAAGCUGGUGGAUAAGGAUCUUGCGCCCAAGUGGGAUCCUCCAAGCUUGGAACAUGUAUCUCAAGACAUGGUUGAUCAAUACUUCAGUCCUCUCUCCGCAUUUGAGCCCGAACUAGAGCUACCCACGAAGCAACGAGAAGCAUUUAAUUAAAAAUCUUUGGUGAAAGAGAUGACGCGUUAAUCCCUCAUCAGCUGAUAACGUAAACUCUGGACAUUGUCACAUCUCACCUGAGGACGAGGAGGAUGAAUUUUCCCGAUAAACUUGAACAUUAUUAUUUGUUGGUGAUCUCACCAUCGCAGUAGAUGUGCGGAUUAUGUCGAUGUCAUGAUAUUCUGAGAAGUGUCUACAUUAGCAGUGGUAUUAGUUUCAUGAUAUAAUCAAGUGUUGAACGAGGAUUGCUGAAAGGAAAACGCAAA